AUGCCGGGAAUUCCACAAUUUCCACAAUCGCCUGUCGCACACCUCUUCGCUGCAAACGUUUUACCCAAUGAAGCGGAGAGGGAGCUCAUCCGCGUAGCAAUCGGCAACGCGCAGACAAGUCUCGCGACUCUUGCCGAGCUCGAGGACCCUCAAGCUAAAGAGGAGCGCGAAGCAUCCAGAUGGGCGCCGAAGAAGCCUUUGACCGUGCUCGCCAAACGCCGGCGCGACUUGAACGAUUUCAUCCACUCACACCAAGCUCUCCUCCUUCCUAUCAGGGAGCUUCCCCCCGAGCUCCUUCAGGAGAUCUUCCAUCACUACUACACCCUCUUUAUCACCUGGUUCACGUUCCAGCGGGAUGCUCGCCCACCCUUUAUCUUGACCCAAGUCUGCACCGCAUGGCGGAGCGCAGCCAUCGCCCUCCCUUCGCUCUGGGUCAAGAAUCCAGCCUUCAACCUCAACCGCGGGAAAACCCGAGAAGCGGGGUACCUCUCGUUCGUCGAGGAGCUCUUCCGACGAUCGGGCGGGUUCGCGAUGCUCGAGGUGUACGUAUACUAUUACCCUCUGUCCGGAAAAGCGGAAAACCAUCCGGUCAUGGAUAUCCUCGUCCGACACUCCGAACGCUUGAAGAUCCUCACGCUCGAUGGCAACCAAGGGACGUUGGACGUGUUCGCUGGUGCCAAAGGGCGCCUUCCAAACCUCAUCCAGUUGGGUCUGCACAUCCCCGCUACAACUGAGGACCAAUGGCAGACUCCUGGGGUUGUCGUCGCGAAGAAUAAUACGUUUGAAGAGGCGCCGAAGCUGGAGGUUGUGAAGAUGCCUCGCAAGACGCGCCCGGCAUGGUUUGUGUUGCCGCCACGGACCAUCAUCAAGUUCGAUAACGAACCUCUUCAGUGGUCUUUGAAGAUGGGCGGUGAAUCAUGA